AUGAGGAAUGCCAUUGCGGCUGUUCUCUCUGCACGGAGCCCCCUGCCGCAGGACAACACACCUACCACCACUUCGUCCACGGCUACUUCUACGGAGGCAACAACAACUUCAGCUCCCGAAGCGACUAUAUCGGUCAGCAUUGGAGUUAGUACUGUCUACGGGGAGGACAGUUCACCAGUCUCUACCGCUUCUGCAUUGACUGCAGUCAUCUAUACCCCAGCGGUCGUUGUUCUGACAGAGUCUGCACCAUCCCCCGUGACUACUCGUGUCAGCGUCCCCCUCUCUGGGGCGGAUGCUGGUCCCGGUGGUACCAGUUAUACCUCGUUUGAAAUUACCUAUACUCCAUUGUAUAGUGUUUCAGUCGUGCCUGCCGCAGACUCAACCUCCACCACUGGCACGCCAACAUUGUCUGAUGCGACCGCUAGUACCAGCAGUACACCGACGUCAAGUACCGGCUCGCAGGUGAUCGUCCACGAAUCAGACCGUGGUUUGCCUGGCGGAGCUGUCGCGGGUGUUGCUAUCGGGUGUGUAGUUGCCGGUGCCCUCAUUGCACUUGGUGUGCUCUUCCUCCUCAUGGGAGACAGGCUCAGGAAGAGACAUCACUCUGGUGCCGCCUCAUCGCUGGGACAUCCUCGCCAUUCAAGCUCCAAGAAGCCUGGCUAUUUGAAUAGCACACUGCGCCAGCCCAAGGGUGGAGCUGUCGAACGAUCUGUCGAAGAAGUCACAGCAGAAAACGUGCUGGAGCAACCCAAGGAUGAUGCAACUAUCAAACAAAGCGUUGCCGCCCUAUUCAAGGCCAUAGAAGAUCACGCAGACAAUUAUUAUGUCGAUACGCCAGCCAGGAGUGACCCACCAAAGGAGCCCGCCACUCAGUCCAGCCAUCUACCCAGUGGCAUCAUGGCUCAGAGCGAUGUGGACUUUGAGGCCCUGCUGGUUGACCGACACUCGCGGUCCUCUGCCAUUACCAGUCUCAUUACAGCACAGAUCUUGGAUGCAAUCGACUUCUUCGGGGUGACCGAGCGAUCUUUGUUGCCAGAAAUGGUAACGACGUUUCUGCGAUCGUCCGCAGAUCAACUCAAAGAUGACCAAAGAAGCCGAUUGAGUCUCUCGAGAUGGAGGACCAGCACUGCGGCCCUCCUCGGCUCGGCAGACUCACCCGAGCAAAGAGCACAUUCGCAGAUGGUCAUCGACGCCUUGAUCACUGACGUGGACUCCGUUGUGGAGACUUACAUCCGACCGGAAACGAAUAAAGACAGACACCUGCACCUGGUCAAGCUCUGUAAGCGAGGUCAGGAGCUGGGCCUGUUGCUGCUGUCGCAGCCCACAGAGUGGAGAUUUCACUGGAGCGACGCCGCCAACGCACGAAGAGCAGCCUCCCAGCCGCUGCGGGGCGAGAAGGGCAAGAAGCAUGUCUUCGUGAUCCAGCCCCAGCUUCGAAGAGUCACGGACCAUGUCGCCCGCAAACUAGACCGGCCACUCAUCGUCCUUGAGUGGCAGCUUCUGCAGUAG